GGCAAAGCAGCAGCACCAAGAUUGGUAGAUGUGUUGGAGAGGUUACUGAAAACCCCCCCGAGCUAAAUGACAUAACUUCCUGAACUAUUUCUAUACUUGUGAUAAAUUCAGAAGGCUUAAUAUGACAAUGGCUGCAUGCUGGCAAGAUUAACAGGGAUUCCAAAUGAAGAAAGCAUUUGUGGAAUGACACCACACAUAUCAGCAGCAUGUGCAAUUCCACAGCCCUGCCAUUCGAAGAAAGCCGCCAGCUUCUGAUUGUAGUAUACAGCUUCAUCUUUGCCUUGGGCCUACCAGCCAACUGCUUAACUUUUUUUGUGACACUUGUACAAAUUUGCAGGAAAAAUAUCACAGCCAUUUACCUGUUUGGUCUGUCCCUGUGCAACCUUAUGUAUCUGAGUACCCUUCCUCUCUGGAUCAUCUAUGUGCAAAACAGCCACCGUUGGACAAUGGGGCGGAUACCAUGCCUGGUGACUGGAUAUAUCUUUUUCUGCAACAUCUACAUCAGCAUUCUUCUCCUGUGCUGCAUCUCUAUCGAUCACUACAAGGCUGUGGUACGCGCACUGGAAAGCAGAGGGAAAUGUUUUCGGUCCCAGAGGACUGCUGCCAUGGUCACAGUUGCCUUCUUUGGCAUCAUUGCUGUGAUCUAUAGCCCUGUGUUUUUCAGCAAAAAUAUCCAGGAUGAAAACAUAGCAACUUGCUUUGAAACUCCACUCAACUCCAAUUUGGCUGGGUACAACAUCAGCCGGUUCAUCCUGGGAUUUCUCAUUCCUUUGGGGCUCCUUCUUUUCACAUACUGGAGAAUUUUUCAAAGUACUAGGACCAGCAGCAGCCUCAGUCCAGACCAGAAAGCUAAAGUGAGAAACCUGGCAAUUGCCAUCAUUUCUGUAUUUGUAGUGUGCUUUGCUCCCUACCAUUUUGUGUUGCUUGUGAGAGCCAUUGUUUUCCUUUGUAACCGAAGUGAGGUAUGCCUAUUUGAGAAAAAGAUAUAUACUACUUCUGUGAUCUUCCUGUGCUUUUCCACUGCCAACAGCAUUGCAGACCCAUUUAUCUAUGUGCUGGCUAGUGAAAACGUCAGGCGUGAGAUAUAUCGCACCUUUCAGGUGUGUGGAAUUCAUCGGCCAGAUGAUUCCCAGUGACAUCUGAGACACACAGAUUGAGAAAUAAAGAAGACAGUAUUACCUCCCUUCACUAUGGAAAGUUUGGGUGGGUUCUUAAAAAGAUCCGGAUAGAAGGUGGAGAACAUUUUCAGAAGCACAGAAACAUUCCCUUUCUCUGAUAGCCACCAUCUGUUUCAAAGAAUUCUGAUCUUUGUGCAUUGAGUAGAGUGAACAGGCCUUUUAACACAAUGAGCUGCUAUUCAUACAUUAAUAAGGUCACAAUAUUGUGAUAUGCAACUGGGUCCAUGCAUUGCCUAAGAGAUGAUGAUGCACUGACAAAGGAUCCUACAGCAUCAGGAAGUUCUACUGGAGGGCUCCCAGUAUAGACUGUGGGUCAUUUAUCAAUUCUUUGCUAAUGGGGAAAGGACUAAAAUGAAAACAUGCACAAGCCAUAGACAAAUGCACAAUCAAUAGGCAAUGCUACCUCUCUGGGAUAUCUUCUAGGGCAGUGUUUCUCAACCUUGUCAACUUUAAGAUGUGUGGACUUCAGCUCCCAGAAUUUCCCAGCCAGCAUCAAGAAGGUUGAGAAACAAUGUUCUAGGGUAUGGGGGUUUUUUACUGUUGUCCAAAUGGUCAGGCUGCCUUUGAAUAAGAUAAGUUAUUCUUGAAUAAAUUACCCAAGUCUUUAUUGUAUUCCUUUACUGUUCAGACAAGCACAAUGUUGAAUAUAUGCAGUCCAGAUAUCUAUGGCAUUUGAUAGCACCAACCAUAUAUGCUCAA